AUGAAGGUUGUUAAAAAUAUUAAUCUAUUCAAGGAUAUUAUUCUGGGAGUUAUAAUGUGACAAAAUGCUCAAUUAUUGAUAACAAAAAGUAUUAAAAUAUAAUUUCUAAUUUAAUUAAUAUCAACUGGCUCCUGCGACGUAUAAAAAUUGAAAAAUCAUAGGCUUUUGGAGACCAAGUUAUACUUCUCAUACAAAAUAAUGAUGUUUUAAAAAUUAAAUUUUCUGUUAAAGUGAUUGGGAUGUAUAAGGAGGAUUAUGGGAAGAAUGCGAUAUUUAUAAUAUCAAAGGGUUUGGCCAAUAUUUUACAAAUUAAAUGUUUGAGUUCCCAAGAAUUUAUUAAUACAUUGCCUAUUAUUUUUGUAUCUGUAUGGUAAAAUCUUUUUCUAUUAGCUCCCUUCUUUCUUUUUCGUAAGUGAGGAGUAAAGAAAAAUUUAAUUAAUUAUAUUCAAUUCUUAGUUUUAAAUAAAGAUUUAAAAGAAUAAUUUUCAAAUUAAAUUAAGGUAUUCACUUAUUUAAUUAGAUCAUUAAAGCUUUUUAAUUGGAUAUACUCAAUUAUUUUUAGCUUUAAGCUAAAUUUAACAUUUUCAAAAAUAUUUCUUAAAUCAGUAAAUUAUUCUUCUCUUGUCUGGCCUAAUAGUUUUGA